GUGUGGAGACCCGAAGUGCCUCUACGAGCUGCCGCUGCCACGAUUCGAGCUUCCCCCUUACUGAUUCUUCUGGAAUUGGGGGUGUGACAUUACAUUAUCAGCAUGUUAGCAUUUAAACGGGGAAAGUUCUUGUGGAGAAACAAGAGGAGCAGCUGACGCAUGUGACUUCACUGGAGUUGAGUGUGUUUCAGAGGGAGCUACAAUCAGGUGGGACAGACCCGUGAGUUGUAAUUGAGCAGCGUUGACUUCUGUCUCCUGAGGGGACACGGGACACAGACCCAAACAUGAACGUGUUGACGAGGUGGGUACUUCAGGGAACCACCCGACCGUUUUAUUGGAGACAUGGAGAAACCAGUAAAGAGCUGGUUUCUGGGUCUGCAGCCGCUCUGCUGUGUGGACUCAGGAGCAAAUCAAGUUGUCCAGAUGUCAGGGAGCAGACCCUCAUCGCUGUGAAGCCCGAUGGAGUCCACCGACGUCUUGUAGGACAAAUAAUGCAGCGGUUUGAGCAGCGAGGCUUCAAGCUGGUUGGUCUGAAGAUGUUACAGGUGUCUGAUGAUCUCCUGGCUCAGCACUACUGUCAUCUGAGGACAAAGCCCUUCUACCCCAGUCUGCAAGAUUACAUGACCUCAGGGCCCGUGGUCGCCAUGGUGUGGGAAGGGCACAACGUCAUCCAGACCUCACGCAUCAUGGUGGGACACACUAACCCAGCUGAGGCCCAGGCCGGCACAGUCAGAGGAGACUUCAGCAUUCAUGUCAGCAGGAACGUGGUCCAUGCCAGUGACUCCCGGGAGGGGGCGGAGAGGGAGAUCCAGCUGUGGUUUCAGGGUAAAGAGCUUCUGAACUGGGAAAGCUGUGACCAGACCUUCACCUGCGAGCCGUGAAGACAGAGCGGAAAGCACAGAGAAUCACUCGUGAUACCUCAAAACAAUUCAGUGUUCAUGCCCAAAAAAAAUAAAUGCACUAACUCUAUAGUCACAAAGAUUUAUUUUAUAAAAUAGAUAAGAAAUUUUUACUAAUUACUUUAAAAUUCAAGCUAUGCACUAAGCUUAACUAUUUUAAUUGCACGAGACUCAAAGUAAAAUCAGGAUGUAUCUCACAGUCACCGAAACACUAUUGUCUUUCUGACCAGUAGUUAUAAUUUGCUUUAUAAUAGACAUUGAAUCCCCAGAUCCUAGUGGAUAGUAAUCUAAACAGUAAUGAUCUACAGUUUGGAGAAGUAGAGCCUUGCUGUGGAGGAAUAGAGAGUAAAUUGUAAUAUUCUUUGUAUUUUUAUUUAACAAAUGAUAUCUGAUAUGUUUGUGUUUAGGGUAUUAAAUAUAGGAGUAUUAAGUGUAAUUAUAAAGAGCAAUUUAUUGAACUUUUAACUUGAAUCUUGUCCUCAAAUUGUGAUUAUUCUUGACUAAAAGUUUAAUGAAAUAAAUGUAUGUAAAUAAAAAUCGAUAAGUGAAACCACCGUGGAGCAGAAUAUGAAUAAAUAGGUGAACAGCAGAGAGUAAAACAAUGUCAGGAAUCGUGUAUUUACACUGGAACAGUUAACCUCAGGUGAAUGUUAUUGGUUGAGAUGUACACACACACAGACACAGACAGACAGACACAGACAGACAGACAGACAGACAGCAUCUGCGGUGUCACUUUUUUAAAUCCCUUAAAGAGCUGAAAAAUGACUUGAGCUUUCAUUUUGCACUCAGUGUCAACUGUGAAAUAAAUAAUUCAUAAUAGAAUUCUUCACAUACAUUUUUUAUUAUAUAUUUUAAUCAUAGAAAACACAGCUGUUAUACAAAAAUAUAUAUAUUGUUUAAGCUGCCACAUCCACAGCAACGUAUCCCUUAUAUCCCUCUUAUACAUGCUGAUCUGAUGUGUGCCACAAUGCAACAUUUUGAAUCUCAUAGACUGAAAUUGUGUAUUUAUGACGUACAAUAAUUUCAAUGUGUAUUUGUCUGCAGCAAGCAACAUUGUCUCAAUGCAGGUUGACGUUAAUGCAAUAAAAAGUGUGAUUCACUCA